AUGGUUGAGGUUGACGACGUCAUGGCUCGCCUCGUGCGUCUCUCCCUCGCGCUCCUCGCGCUGCUCGCCAAUGCAUCCGGCGUCAGCUACAGCCAGAGCGGCCUCGACUGGGGGGGAGAGUGCCAGACGGGCGAGAAGCAGUCGCCGAUCAACAUCGUGAUGGACGAGGCGAAGGAGGUCAGCGAGCCGGAGAAGUUCGUCCUGGAAUAUGAUUCGUCCGCCACCACCGCCACCGUCCUCAACAAGGGAUACACCGUUCAGGUGAUUCCGAACAAGGACAAGGUCUACAAGCUGCACAUCAAUAGCGGCACUUACAACCUCCUGCAGGUGCACGUGCACUCGUUUUCGGAGCACGCGGUGAACGGGCUCUUCUUGCCCAUGGAGGCGUACUUCGUGCACGUCAACGAGAACGACAACUCCUCCCUCGCCAUCGUCGGUGUCAUGAUCCGCCUGCAACGCCACGACGAGGCGUCGUCCUGGAUCGACACCUGGCUGCCCCAAACUCCGGCUGAUGUGAAUGGCACGGCCACCAUCGAUCUUCCCAACAACUUCUGGGCUGACAUGAUGGACAUGUCAAUGGGCUUCUGGCGCUACCCUGGAUCGCUCACCACCCCUGAGUGCAAUGAGAUCGUCGAGUGGCACGUCGUUCGCAAGGCCAAGUUCCUCUCCGUCGCUCAGACCAUCACGUUCAUGAACAUGCUCGCGAAGCUCAAUACCGAGCGCAUUGACAACCGCCUUCCCGAGCCCGUCAACGGCCGCAUUGUUACCUACUACCCCUGGGUCUCGGGGAUGUUCUGA